UUGGGGCCACAGUGCUUUAUUGUCUUACAUUCAUUCCCUAGUCACAGGGGCCAUCAGGGGUUCAGAACAGUAUGCAGCAAUAAUAGACAAUGGUAAGCGCAUAGAAAUAUAAUCCUACUAUUUGGAACCCGAUAUCUAUGGGUGAGCUGCUGUUAAAUCCACAAGGGAGCACAUGCUGUGCAUUUGAGCAAUCUAUGGAAGUAAGUUCAUCAUCAACUAUAAGCUGUGUGAUUUAUACUAUCAAAAUGAUCAGGAUAUCAUUGUUUGAUAUUGAGAUCAUUUUGGAGGGGAAUUGGAAUAUUGUCAAGUGUUCUGACAUGGUUGGCAAGGAUGAAAUACUGUGUAAUUCGUUGUGCAAUAGGCUAUUGUGUGAUUCAAUUAGAAUCACUUCUGGACUCCUUCAAAGAGCAUAUUAUACAUCUAAUAAAGAAUUAAAAGGAACUUUACAAUUUUAAAUGCAAUGUGAAGAAUAUUUUUGUCUCAAAAACCUUGGUUGUUCACUAUUUGUUAACUGCUUGUUAACUCGCUACAGGGGUUUUAACCAUCUGUUCUGUCUAGAAUGACAUGGCUACCCCAAUUCCCGUCAAGUCCUAUCCAACUACUUCGUAUGUCUCCAGUGUUUGUCUGGUAAAAUAUGGUAUGUCUGGCCAAAUCAACAUUACUGAACACGUCAUUUGAUUGAGGCAACAUGCUGUUGUGUGUGCCAAAGCUAGUUAUGGCAAUUUAGUGUGGUUAUAAAAAUGAUUACACAUGCUGAUUAGGCUAUGUUGAUUACCGGUCAAUUACAGAGACAGAACAUGUGGUUAAGGCUGAAAGUAAGGAGUUAUUUUAUGUUGUAAAUCAGUAGUGCUGCUGGACACCACAGGACUAGGCUAAAUGUUACUGAGUAACUCAUUACAGUGUUCCUUGAGACAAUUGAGACAUGGAUUGUGUAUGUGUGCUAUUCAUAGGGUGAAUGGGGAAGACAAAAUAUUAAAAUGCCUUUGAAUGGGGUAUGGUAGUAGGUGCAGGGCACACCGGUUUGUGUCAAGAAUUGCAACGCUGCUAGGUUUUUCACACUCAACAGUUUCCUGUGAGUAUCAAGAAUGGUCCACCCAAAGGACAUCCAGGCAACUUGACACAACAUGGGCCAGCAUCCCUGUAGAAUGCUUUCAAAACCUUGUAGAAUCCAUGCCCUGAUGAAUUGAGUCUGGGGCAUGAGGGUAGUUUAACUCAAUAUUAGGAAGGUGUUCUAAAUGGUUUGUACACUCAGGGUAUUUGUUCAAUUUCGUGUAUCUUACUCUUAAUUUUAUGCUUCCUAUGUAAGGGAGACCGGGGUUGGUUGUCACAGUGUUUGUCACAGGGCUGUGAGAUCAUUUCAAGAUAAAAAUGUGUGUCCACUAUAGGAGAGGUCAUACACAUGGUAAAUUCAGGCCAGGAUCACAAAACAUUGAGGGGAGAGGAAUAUUAUCAUUUUUCAAGGGUGAAAGUAAAUAUUCACUUGAAAUAAAGUGUAUCAUCAUUAGACAAACGUACAAUCACAAGGAAUUCUCACAUUUACAUUUUUAGACUCUUAUGGUCAGCUCUUUGCUCCCUGCUCAAUCAACCUCAAUCCCAGGUAGUAGGAUACCACUAUUAUCUACCAGUAGUUUUUAUUUUAUUAUGCUUGAGUUGAAAGUUUAAUGGAGCUUGUCAAAUAGAAACCAUCACCUCCGUACCAUGUUGCAACUCACAGAAAACAUUAAGUGACACAUGCAGGGAACUCGAGGGACAGCCUCUGACAGUUUAGAUUUGAGUCACAUGUAUAUGAUUGAAAACCCACAGCAUGCUCCAUGGGGGACCUCUGCAUUGGGAGGAUAGUGAUGACAUUAAGAUACAAUGCCCAUGGCGCUUCGCAGGUUCCUUUGACAGUGUUUCAUCAGGCAGACACAGCACUAAGACUAACUGCAUGCUAAAAAAGCCUACUACUUCUAACUAUAUAAUCAAUUCAAUCAGGAAGACACAGGAUCUGUAAGGCUCCUGUCUAACUGUAAGAUGUGUUGGUGUGUUGGUUCCCCUGGGCAGGAAAAUGGUCAGGAAGUCCCUGGUGGCUGGCCUGGUGGUUUUACUGGUGGCUGCAGUAGGAGUGUUCGUGGGGGUGUUCAUGGGGGUGGGAAACAAGAACCCCAUCUCACCCUCAGACCAUUUCUACUCAAAAGCUGCCGUGGCUACAGAUGCUGGGAUAUGCUCUGAGGUGGGGAGGGACAUCCUGAAGAGGAACGGCUCAGCGGUGGAUGCAUCUAUCGCCGCCCUGCUGUGUGUUGGCCUCCUGAACGCUCACAGCAUGGGCAUUGGAGGGGGACUCUUCUUCAACAUCUACAACGCUUCCACAGGGAAGGUAGAAACCAUUGACGCGAGGGAGACAGCACCCAUGAACGCGACAGAAGACAUGUUUGGCAAUAACACCCAGCUUUCUCGGAAAGGUGGAUUGUCUAUAGCCAUUCCAGGGGAGAUCCGUGGUUACGAGAUGGCACACAGGAGACACGGCAGGCUGCCAUGGAAGGAGCUGUUUGAGCCAAGCAUUGAGUUGGCACGCGUAGGUUUCCCUAUCGGCAAAGCCCUGGCCAAGGCCAUCGCCAGCAACAAGGAUGCUAUUAAAGGAGAUGCCAAUAUGUGCGAAGUGUUCUGUGACUCCCAGAAAAACAUCCUGAAGGAAAAUGAUAUCAUUAAAUUUCCCAAACUAGCAGACACCUACAAGAGGAUAGCGGAGGAAGGACCUGGUGUUUUUUACAAUGGGACAAUGGCACAGACAAUUGUUGAUGACAUCCAGGCAGCAGGUGGGAUUAUCACCCGGGAGGACCUGUUGGACUACUGGCCUGUGUUGAAUGAGAACCCACUGAAGCUGACCGUGGGCGAGUACACCAUGCACGUCCCAGACGCCCCCUCCAGCGGCCCAGUCCUGGCACUCAUACUCAACAUAGUGGACGGGUAUAACUUCACUGGCACAAGUGUUUCAACGGCCGAGAAAAGGACUCUGACGUAUCACCGCAUCGUGGAAGCUUUCCGGUUUGCUUAUGCCAAGAGGAGCAAACUAGGGGAUCCACGCUAUCUCAAUAUCACUGAUCUCAUCCACAACAUGACCUCAGACUACUUUGCUGACGGGAUCAGGAGCAAGAUCACAGAUGACACAACUCAUCCCGACAGCUACUACGAGCAAGAUUAUUUUGUCCCAGACAAUCAUGGGACAGCACACCUGUCCGUCAUAGCUGAGGAUGGAAGUGCUGUGGCUGCCACCAGCACAAUCAAUCUAUAUUUUGGCUCAAAAGUCAUGUCCCGAUCAACUGGCAUCAUUUUCAAUGAUGAGAUGGAUGACUUUAGCUCUCCAUACAUCACCAACGGCUUUGGAAUCCCUCCAUCUCCUAACAACUUCAUCCAGCCUGGUAAAAGGCCUCUCUCUUCUAUGUGCCCAACUAUUAUCUCUGACAAAGAUAAUAGAGUGAAAAUGGUGGUGGGAGCCUCUGGUGGAACAAAGAUCACCACAGCAACUGCCCUAGUGAUUCUGAAUACCUUGUUCUUUGACUAUGACCUCAAAAAAGCUGUGACACUACCUCGAAUUCACAAUCAACUCAACCCAAAUAUGACUGUAGUGGAGGACGGCUUUGAAAAGAGUGUAUUAGAUGGCCUGGAAAAGAAGAACCAUGUAACAGAGCUGCUGAUGACUCCUGAUUCAGUGGUUCAGGCGGUGGUGAGACAGGGGGAGCGGCUCUGUGCCGAGUCCGACCCCAGGAAAGGGGGCUAUCCAGCGGGCUACUGAGUCUUACCUCACCUCUUCCUUCCCAAACCUGGAGUGUUCUCCAUAAAAAGGCAGGGAUAGAGCUAAGUAUCUGGAAAGACACGAAAACAAUGCCUCCUCAAGGUGACACAGCCACUCGCUUUCUUCAGCUGAAAUUCAUUUCAAGACGUGGAAAAUGACUUUACUCCACAUCAAUACCUCCUCCCUUCACACCAAAUAAUCUGCGGCAUUUCUGCUUUUAUUUCAGCAUUACUCAUUAUUUAUUUUUGUGUUUUGAAAAAGAAGUGAGGUUGCAACUCUGAAAGUGGCAUUUUUUAAAUCCUAGCUGUAUCAAGAGAUCAUCAUUAUCAAUUAUCCUGAAGAUGGAAGUUUAUUAAUGCAAUGCAGUGGGGUAGCAGAAAGCUGGACUGCAACUUUAGUUUCCUGCUGGAAGUAAAUACCAAUGGGCCAGAACUUUAUGGACGCCAUGAAUCUUCUGAUAUACAUUAUGAAAUAGUUUGCCUAGGAAGUAUUAGCCAACAUAUUAGUCAAUUACUCUGUGAUGAUGAGCGAUCAUUCUGUUUGACAGAAAAAGAGCCAUUUAUCUGAGAUUUAAGGAAAGCAAUGUUUUAGGGGAGAAUAUGAACACCAAUAUGGAAGGUUGUCAAAGUAGUUUGUCUGACCAUUGAACAAAUCAAAUGUAGAGACAUGACUGUUUUAUCUCUCCAUCAAGGAAAAAUGGUCUGUAUGUUUUAACCUCAGGCCUUAACCUCAGGUCUUAACUGGUCAGGUUGCUAUAUCUGUUGGUGCUUUAUGGGUUGGCUAAAUCACAAACAUAUCUGGCAACCAGGCUACAGGUCUACCUGCCUUAUGAAGAUGUUGGUCACAGGUAGCUACAUUUUUCCUUUCAUGAGGAAGCAUAUUCUGAUCUGUUAACUGAAAACUGUGAUUUCUGUUUUUCUGAUUUCAUCUCAACUCUGACCGUUGCCCAUGGGGGCCUAUUGUUAACAAAGGCUCAAAUAUGGCUGCCAUUUAACUAUUCAAAUGGUACUUUUACAUUUUUUGUGAUGCAGAAUGUUGAGAAAAAUACAAAUUGUUCAUGUUUAAUAUGGAGUAAGACCAUAGCAGUACAGUGAAUGUAUAGUGUAUUUUACAUUUGCAGAUAUAUAUUUUUAAACAUGCAUUGUUCAAAUGCCAUGCUUGUUAUUAAAAUGUUUAAAAUGAGA